UGUUGGCCAGGCUGGUCUGAAACUCCUGAACUCAGGUGAUCUGCCCCCCCCCCCCCCAAAAUGCUGGCUUUCCAGGUGGGAGCCAGUGCGCCCAGCCCUCAUGUUGGGCUUUAAAACCCACUUUUUUCCCCCCGAACUCUCACCUCAUCUUUCUAUUUCUGAAACCUUUCUCUUUUUAGGGUGUGGGUGGUAGUGGAUAAGCUGCUUUGUUUGAAUGGUGGUGUGUUGUACUUGUGUCAUCUUCACUCAUAAACGCUGCACUGCUUACGGCCUGUUUUGUUCGUGUUUUAAGUUCUUCCAUCCAGCCCCUGCACCCCACCUUUUAACUUCUUUUUCAAAAGCUGCUUUGCAAAGGGUCUUGACUAAAGUUGCUUGCUUAAUGAAUUUGGGAUUAUGUGAAGCAGUUUAAGGAUGAGAGAAGAGGCAGCAGCUGGACCCUCUAGAGAAUGUUACUUUGUAUUUUGUUUACAGCUGGUUGUGACUAGGCUCUUCCCUCUAAGGUUGGUUCUAGGGAAUUAAAACAGCCCUGGCUGAUGGCGCCCAAUAAAAUAAAACAAAAAAAACCUUUGCUGCUCCAGUUUUUUCUCAGGGUGGGGUCGGGGUGUACUUUCAGUCUCCAUGGUCACAGAAAGGUUUCUUCAUCGCUGACCCUGGGAGAAUGGUUCCCAGAGGGAACUUGUCCUCAGCGUCUCCUGAACAAUGCAGCCGCCUCCUGGGCCUACUUCUGGGCCAUUACAAAGGUCCUUUCACCACCUGUGAAAGGUUUUGAGUUUGGGGGAGCUCCGGGAUUCUCAAGGCUGCAGUGUGGACUACUGGCCCAAGGCGAAGGUUGGUUUCCAGAGGAGGGGGGUGUGUCUUCGCUGUUUUUCCUGGCAUAUGUCUGCAUAAACUAUUUCCACAGCGUCCUGGCCGCGAGGGGGCUGGUGAUUGGGUGUUUAGAGUGAGAAACCUAAAGUGGACGGCAAAAUGGAGCGCGGAAUACUGUCAGGCUGUGCACGUGGAGAUGGCGAAACGUGGACGCUUAACAAAGUUGGCGCCACGAAGCUAAAGACUACUACCCCUGUGCUCUAGCUCGCUCCGCCUAAUGGCGGGCCGCACCCCGCCGGCGAAGCCUACGUUUGUAGUUCCGCCCUCACGCUGACCUCUUGCCCAAUCAGCGAGUUCGGCUUCGCGAGGUUGAUGCCCAUUGGCUUUCGCAUAAAAGCUCCGGGGUUACUGACGUUUCCACCUCUUCCCGGCUUCUCAGGUGAUUGGCGUCCGUGAUAACCAAUCAGGAAGAGGAUCUGCAGGAACGCCUGCCCUUCACUUUAUUGAGUGGCCAAUCCGAUUGUAGACUCGCCUCCCCCCUCUACCCAGAGCCACUGCUGCGGCCGCCGCCAUUUUAGCGUUUUGUCAGAAGCGUCCGCGCCGCGAGGAGGAGGCCCUGCUGAUUUCUGUGCGGGUGAGACUCCGAGACCUUCCACUGCCAUUCUUGUACUCUGUUAAAUCUUACCUCACUCCCUUGGGCUUCGGGGGUGUCCUAGUGGGGUUGCGUCCUCCACACCCGUCACUGAGAGCCGACCUCGGUCCUCGGCAUUGGCGCGGCUCUUGUCAGGAUGGUGAAGUUGUUCAUCGGAAACCUGCCCCGGGAGGCCACAGAGCAGGAGAUCCGCUCUCUUUUCGAGCAGUAUGGGAAGGUGCUGGAAUGUGACAUCAUUAAGAAUUACGGCUUUGUGCACAUAGAAGACAAAACUGCAGCGGAAGAUGCCAUACGCAACCUACACCAUUACAAGCUUCAUGGGGUGAACAUCAACGUUGAAGCCAGCAAGAAUAAGAGCAAAACCUCAACAAAGUUGCAUGUGGGCAACAUCAGUCCCACCUGCACUAAUAAGGAGCUUCGAGCCAAGUUCGAGGAGUAUGGUCCGGUCAUUGAAUGUGACAUCGUGAAAGAUUAUGCCUUCGUACACAUGGAGCGGGCAGAGGAUGCAGUGGAGGCCAUCAGGGGCCUUGAUAACACAGAGUUUCAAGGCAAACGAAUGCACGUGCAGUUGUCCACCAGCCGGCUUAGGACUGCGCCCGGGAUGGGAGACCAGAGCGGCUGCUAUCGGUGCGGGAAAGAGGGGCACUGGUCCAAAGAGUGUCCGAUAGAUCGUUCAGGCCGCGUGGCAGACUUGACCGAGCAAUAUAAUGAGCAAUACGGAGCAGUGCGUACGCCUUACACCAUGAGCUAUGGGGAUUCAUUGUAUUACAACAACGCGUACGGAGCGCUCGAUGCCUACUACAAGCGCUGCCGUGCUGCCCGGUCGUAUGAGGCAGUGGCGGCUGCAGCUGCCUCCGUGUAUAAUUAUGCAGAGCAAACCCUGUCCCAGCUGCCACAAGUCCAGAAUACAGCCAUGGCCAGUCACCUCACCUCCACCUCUCUCGAUCCCUACGAUAGACACCUGUUGCCGACCUCAGGAGCUGCUGCCACAGCUGCUGCUGCAGCAGCAGCCGCUGCUGCAGUUAAUGCAGCUUCCACUUCAUAUUACGGGCGGGAUCGGAGCCCCCUGCGUCGCGCUACAGCCCCAGUCCCCACUGUUGGAGAGGGCUACGGUUACGGGCAUGAGAGUGAGUUGUCCCAAGCUUCGGCAGCCGCGCGGAAUUCUCUGUACGACAUGGCCCGGUAUGAGCGGGAGCAGUAUGCCGAUCGAGCGCGGUACUCGGCCUUUUAAAGCUUGAGGUGGGAUGUGUGUGGGCUGAAAUUCCGAGCUGCGGUUGUGCAUGAGAAUACACCCUUCGUGGUACCCCAUCUCCGGGACGUUCUCGGCUCUGUGCGUUCAGUCCCUCAGGAACCGUGGACCUUAAUUUACCUUGCUAAGUUCAGACCUUCUCUUCCUUUACUUUCCUUUCCUCUCCUGCCCGUUUUCCUGUUCUUCUGUCCUUCAAUACUUCUGUAGCUUCCCAUUCAUGUUCUGUUCUCCCAGCAGGCCUCAUUGUGUGCCGAAACUGGUGGGGGCUGUGCUGUCUCCUCCCUGCCUCUCCUGCCUCCUGCGGCUGUUGGAUUUGGGAAUGACCUUGGUGAGAGUCUCACUGCCCCGGGUCUCUUUUUGGUCCAAAGGCUAGACCUAGAGCAUUGGAUCACUUUUUUCUUUCCGGUGAAAUAAAUGGUUUUUCAACUUAGG